AUGUUUGUUUUAUUUUUUAUUAUUUGGUUUGUGAAUUGGCCGGUUGAAAGACACCAACUUGCCUCAACAUUGCUUUCGCUUAAAGGCUUAGAUAACAAAUUUCAUGACUUCGAGGAAUGUAUUGUUGAAUUGCCAGGUGAUGUUCAAAAAUAUUUUAGACCCCCAGUGACUUGUGAAUUUUGCCAAAAUGUGACUCAUAUUCCGAGAGUUUCUGGGAUAACUCCAAAUGAGUUCGAGGAAAAUUAUGCGUAUUCAGGGCACCCCAUUGUAGUGGUGGAUGCCACAAAAACAUGGACUGCAAUGAAUGUUUAUAAUUUUAAAUUCUUUCAAGAUGUUCAUAAAAAUGUGACUGAGGAAAAUGAAGGGAAACAAAGGACAUCCUGUCAAUUUUUUCCGUAUAAAACCAAAUUUCAAGGAUUAGAAGAUGUGUUUAAUAUGUCUGUUGAAAAAGCCUACAUGAAAGAUGGUUCCCCCCCUUGGUAUAUUGGAUGGAAAAAUUGUGACUACACAGUUGGUAGUAUUCUAAGAAAACAUUAUUCCAGGCCGUAUUUUUUGCCAGUUCUGGCUGAAUCAAGUAAAACUGACUGGAUAUUUAUGGGAAGUCCUGGGUAUGGGGCUCACUUACAUAUUGAUAAUGUUGGAAAUCCUUCAUGGCAAGCUCAGAUAACUGGUAAUAAAAGAUGGAUACUAGAGCCCCCUCCAGAAUGUUACUAUACUUGUACACCUCAUAUGGAAAUAGUUGUUAAACCUGGAGAAAUCAUGGUAUUAGAUGCUAAUAUGUGGUAUCAUCAAACCAUUAUAGAAGGAGAUGAAAUAGCCAUUGCUAUAGGCUCAGAAUAUGACUAA